CUUUCUCAGUCUUGUGACCAGGAAGGGCUCAGUGCGCAUGUGCAGAUCCGCACGCUGUGCUGGUGGUAUGGUGAAUGCUUUUUCUGUUUGGGCUGAACAUAGGGUUGAUUCUAUGAUCUAGCUUCAACCCUGAACUUAGUAUCUCUGAUGCCACGCAUGUCAUUCUACUCACUGUGGUACGGCGGGUGUGCGUUGCUCCUCUAGGCUAAUGUUUGCAAUGAAGAAUAAAGGAGAGGCUCUUCUGUAGCGUUGCAAAUGGCCGAUUCUGAUACAGAAUAUGAACACAGAGAGAGCACCAGUGUUGGGUUCCCACAAAGCCAAGAGCUUUUCAGUGAUCCAGAAUAUGACACCGAAAGGAACAUUGCCAGCAGUGCACAUGAAACUGAUGAGAGUUUGUUCCAGGCUAAGGCAAUAUGCAAACCUACAAGAAGUAAAAGAAUACGGGGAGGAGUAAAGCCAAAUGCCCAACCUGCAUUGAAUUCUACUUCCAGUGACUCUUCAGACUAUACGUUACCACCCAAAAAGCUUACUGUAAAAGAGAUUGUACAAAACCACUUUAGAAAGAAGAAAAGAGGGAAACAUAAAAGUGGGCCUUCGGGCAAAAGGAAAAAGCAAGUCAAUAAAAGAAAAGCCAAAUCUAUCAUUUUUUUAAAACAGAGGAGAAAGCGGACCUGGCUGCAUAGAGGGAUUCGUUUUCCUUUUACCUCCUGGAAAUAUUUGCCCUUUUCUUUGUAUUUUCCAUAUGAGCAAUUUGUCUUUGGUGGUUUUUUGAACUACAUCAAAAAUCUUAAAUUUGAGCGCCAUUUGCAAAAUUCUCUGAAGAACAUGGUUUUGAAUAAAGAGCUGGAUAACAGAGACAUUGAAAUGCGUAAAUAUUCAUAUCUGGAUGAUGAUGGACCCAUUUCACCUAUCUCUGAGUCUGGAGAAAAUGUUAAUUAUGAUGAAGAUGAGCCAGAGGACUGUGAUGUAAAAAUCGUGGAAAACCACUCCUUUAUUUUGGAAAGUGAAGUGCCCGAGAAGAAAGAUUGGAAAAUAAAGAAAAAGCUGAAGAAUAAAGUGGGGACAAAUGAUAAAAAUUGCAAGAGACAUUGAAUUUGAGAAUGGACGCUAAAUGGCAUAAUAGCAAUUGGGUUGUGUUCUAGAUGCUCAUUUAGGGUCAGAGUUGUACAUUUGCAGUUAAAUUUGAGGCGUGGAUUGCAUCUGUAUACAUUGCAAAAAACUUCACCCUGUCCCUCCCGUAUCUCACCUCUGGCAUCUUUUCACCAUUGGUAUAUUGUUAUGAGCAGCACCAUCUUGCUUCUGUUAGGGGGAAGGAAGAUUCUUCCAAACAUCUUCCAAGUAUGCACUGUGCCCUGCAGUGCUUUGUGCACUUGUUAGACAUCCAAGACUGGACUAAAGACUGUGUGACAUAAUUUUGUAAAAGUAAGAGCUAUACAGUGAAUGUUGUAUUGUUGUGCCAUGUAACCGUUAUUUAAAUUUCUUGUGGUUUGGCAUUCUGACCCUUUGUGAUUGCAUAGGUGCAUGAAGCAAUGGAUUGAUGUGCCAGAGAGUUACUGAAAGCCCUCCAAACUGUAACCUCCAGAACAGGAAUAGAUGUGUUUCCCACUUACCUGUUAAGAGAAAUAAAAUCUUUAAGAAACCA